UUCCUACGUCGCUUUUCAGAUGUGGUCAGUGUGACCUCUUGUCGGAGAGCUUCAGUCGGAGCUCGCCGGUAGUUGACGCCGAAGAUGCGACUGAUCUUCGCGAUCGAGGCCACUGGGAUUUGCUCGUGGUUGUUGCAGUGAACUCCAAAACCAUUCCAAGCGGUGGAAGUAUGUGUUAAUCGUGCGUUUAUCCCUGCUUCUGUUUCGGCAAUGGUGACUGUAGACAUGCGCCCCUUGCUGUUAUUUUCAGCAUUCUUGCGGGUGUUUUUGAUUGUGUAUGGUGAAUGGCAAGAUAAGCACAUGGAGGUUAGGUACACAGAUGUGGACUACUUCGUAUUCUCUGAUGCUGCUGAUUUAAUGGCAUCUGGGAAGUCUCCUUAUGAAAGAACCACGUACCGAUAUUCACCUUUGCUCGCCUUGCUGCUCUUGCCAAAUACAUUUCUCCAUCGUUCGUGGGGCAAGUUUCUUUUCUCAGCUUCUGAUUUACUUGUUGGCGUGUUCAUCUACACCAUCUUGAAGAAAUGCAGUGUACCCAAGAAUAUUUGCACCUACUGUGUCAUGGCAUGGCUUCUGAAUCCCUUUACCUUCACUAUUGGGACCCGUGGGAACUGUGAGCCAGUUGUCUGUGCCAUUAUCUUAUGGAUCAUUAUUUGUCUGAUGAAUGGCAAUCUCUUGCAAGCUGCAGUGUGGUAUGGACUUGUUGUCCAUUUCAGAAUCUAUCCGAUCAUAUAUGCGCCAACACUUGUCCUGGUUCUUAAUCACCACUUCCUCCGCUUGGGACAGAAGCCUGUUCUUAGGAUCUGGAGUUCUGGCCCUAGCAAGAAACCCGAAUACAGCACAGCAGCGACUAAACUCAAUGUGCUGGUUGCUAUAAAAUGCAUAUUUUCUGCAGAGAGGAUUGUCUUUGGUGUUAUUUCUGCGGCUGUUUUCUUCUUCUGUACAGGAAUUAGCUUCUACUUAUACAAGUGGGAAUUCUUGCAUGAGGCAUUGCUUUACCAUCUAACCCGCACAGAUCCAAGACAUAACUUCUCUAUAUAUUUCUACCACAUAUAUCUUCACUAUGAGCGUGAGUUCUCUGUGGUAGAGAAGCUCAUAUCUUUUUUACCCCAGUUCAUGGUCCAGCUGGUUCUUGUUCUUCGCUUUGCUCCGGAUUUGCCAUUCUGCCUUUUUGUGCAGACGGUCGCUUUUGUGGCAUUUAACAAGGUAAUCACUGCGCAGUACUUUGUAUGGUUCUUCUGCUUGCUGCCCCUAAUACUGCCAUGGAGCAAUAUAAAUUUCAAAUGGAAAGGGUUAUGCUGCAUAUUCUUGUGGAUGGGAGCUCAGACCCAUUGGCUGAUGUGGGGUUACCUGCUUGAGUUUAAAGGCAAGAAUGUCUUUGUAGAGUUAUGGAUGGCUAGCUUAGUUUUCCUUGCCGCUAACACUUGUGUCCUAGUUGUUAUGAUUAGCAACCACACAUACUCUCCAUUAUUUCAACUGCUGAAACAAAAUAGUUCUGAACAGGGCCUAAAACAGGAGUGAGAUAAUAGAAUUUUGGUCAACUUUCUGAAUCGUAGAUAUUUUUUUUUUGGCCAUAUUUUGCGAUUGGCAUGAAAAAAAUGCUUAAAUGAUGGUUUGGCCUAGCUUUGUAACAUAUUAUUAUCCAGCUUCAUAGAGUAAGCUUUACCAGUAAA